CGGCUUGCGUUGACAGUGGUUGGUACUGUGCGAAGUACGGCGGCACAGAUAUCGUCUGGCUGGGUUGUGUGUUUUUUGUUUUUUUUUUGUUUGUUUUUUUUACGGGUUUAACGUUUCCAGAAGUUGACAUCUGUAAGCAUGCAGUCCGAAUCGGGAAUUGUUCCCGACUUUGAGGUUGGAGAGGAGUUUCAAGAGGAACCAAAAACGUAUUACGAAUUGAAGAGUCAACCCUUGAAAAACAGCAGCCCGUCGGACCAGCGCGGCUCCUCCAAGCCCCCGCUGAGCUCCUCGGCCAUGACAUCACGCAUCCUGCUGCGGCAACAGCUGAUGCGGGAGCAGCUUCAGGAGCAAGAGCGGCGGGAGCAGCAGCGGCAACAGGCCUCCCAGUAUCCACAAACCACAGCGGCCCAGACCCCUGCCAUCAACGUCAGCGUGCCUGUCAGUUUACCGCCCUCUGCACAGGUACCAAUGGAGGUGCUGAAGGUUCAGACUCACCUGGAGAACCCAACCAAAUACCACAUCCAGCGCUCCCAGCAGCAGCAGGUGAAGCGGUACCUGGGAAAGCUUGGCUCUCAGGCGUUGAGCUUGCCCUGCCCCAACCAGUCCUCUGACCACGGGGGCAUGCCGCCAGGGCCGGGCAACAGUGCCCCCAACAGCCCUAUGGCCUUACUGACCCUGAACUCUAACUGCGAGAAAGAGAUGGAUGAUGUCAUUGAUGACAUUAUUAGUCUGGAGUCCAGUUACAGUGAUGAUAUCCUCGGCCUGAUGGACCCAGGACUUCAGAUGGCUAACACGAUCCCGGUGCCUGCAAACCUCAUGGACAUGUAUGGUAAUCAGGGUAUGUCCCAGCAAGGUCUGCCCAUCAGCAACUCCUGCCCUGCCAACCUGCCUAACAUCAAAAGGGAAUACUCUGUUUCACAAUCCCCGGCCAUCAUGCAUAUGCUGGAUAAGUCUGGAUCCUGUGGCAAAUUUGACAACUAUCAAAGGCCUGAAGGGUUCCCCGUGGAAGCUGAGGUAAGAGCUCUGGCCAAGGAAAGGCAGAAGAAGGAUAACCAUAAUUUGAUUGAAAGAAGAAGACGGUUUAACAUCAAUGAUCGAAUCAAGGAAUUGGGAACUUUAAUUCCAAAAUCCAAUGACCCGGACAUGCGCUGGAACAAAGGUACCAUCCUGAAGGCAUCAGUGGACUACAUCAGGAAGCUACAGCGGGAGCAGCAGAGGGCAAAGGAGCUGGAGAACCGUCAGAAGAAACUUGAGCAUGCCAACAGACAUCUGAUGUUGAGGAUACAGGAGUUGGAGAUGCAGGCCCGGGCUCAUGGGCUGGCCAUCACAUCCUCAGCGCUCUGCUCUGCCGAACUUAGCGCCCGGACCAUCAAGCAGGAGCCUUCUCUGGAGGACUGUCACCAGGACCUAUACACGUUCCAUCCCCAUCACCAACACCACCCCGCCUGCACUCCUGAACCUCCCGGCACCCUGGAGCUAAACGAAGGCCACGCUAACUUCCCCGAGGGUCACUACAGCAUUCAGAGCAAGCCAAGUUCCAAACUCAACGACAUCCUCAUGGAAGACAACUUAUCACCGGUGAGAGGGGGGGACCCUUUGCUCUCGUCCGUCUCCCCAGACACCUCAAAGGACAGCAGCCGUAAGAGCAGUGUAAGCAUGGAUGAGAAUGAGCAGGGCUGUUAGCACCCCCUACUGGAAGAAACCUCACCUGCAUCUCCAACCCCUCCAUCCUGCUGCACGUGUUCCUGUCAGUAGCUAACUCACUCUCAGCUGCUGGAGAGGCUUUUUCCUCUUUGUGUCAUUUGUUUGUUGUGUUUUUUUCUCCCCUACCCGUGUUUACAUGUAUCAAAUCUUUUCCAUUCAUGUUUUUUCUUUUCCUUUCUUUUUUUUCAGUUUUUUUGUGAUAUCUUCGUCUUUUGAAGCCCUCGACCUUGAUUUCAAGGACUGAUUUUAAAGUAUGUUUGCUUUAAUCAAUACUUUGAUGACAAUGAGUUACAAAAAUAGACGUUUUUUAUAUUUAAAAAAAUAUGCAUUUAUCUUUGGAUAGAGGCUAGAUUCUGUUUAUUUCUAUUGAUUCCAAAGAAUCUAGGUAAGUUAUAAAUCAUGGUCAGAAAUGUAGAUAUCUUGUGGUGAGAUGAACACUGCUUUUUAAAUCACUAGCAAUAAUAGAAGGAGAAAAAAAAUCUAUUUAUUACUAUAGUGCUUUACACUCCUUGUGUCUUAGAUUGAACUUGAAUGUGCCAAUGCCUUAUUAAGAUGUGUAUACAUGGAUGUUGUAUUGCUAUGCACAUGUUUUGGCUGUUAGCUGAGUCUUUGUCAGUCUUCCAGUUGAAAUUUCUUCCUUGAAAAAUAUUAAUCAUUUGUUGAUUUGAUCUUAUUUAUGUAUCUAUGUAAACAGGAUUUUAUGUACACAUUCCCCUUAAAAAUUUAUUUAUGACAAGGCUUUUAAAAGAGCCUGAGCUAAUAAACAAAAGCACAUUGAAAACAAUCUCAAGCUAAAACGUCUCCUUCUAGAUAAUUAAAAAGAACAGUCAGUAUCAAUAAAUGCUAAUUUAUGUCUUUUAUUCAGCCUUUUAGUCAGUAUCAUAAUGUCAAGAUGCAGCUCAACAAUCCAACAACAAGAGUUAUGCUUCACCACACAUCCUUUAACCACCCAGUGCUGAUUGAUCCAGCAGUGUGUACCAGAUUUAUUACCAAAACAUUCCUCGCUGCCAAAACCACUGAAAUACUUUUCAACAGAAAAUUAAACAGGAACAAACUUCAAAGAUUUUUUUUUCAAAUUGUCAAAACUAGUAGAAUUUUAUCUGAAGUAAAAAUGAAAGCUACGCAAAAGAAGCUGAUUUCACUUGAUAGAUCUGAAUAAUAAUUCUUCAAAUAUUUGACACGUGAUUGAUGUACGAAAGACGAAUCAGCACGGUUUUCAUUGCAUUCUUGUCUGUUGUGAUCAGACUAACUGAACUGGUAAAACUGCUACAAUUUCAGGACACACUUGAUCCAGUCACUCAAUUUUUAUAAUUGUCCAUCCAUUUCCUAAAUUAUUGUUUUGUUAUUUUUAAGUCACUACGACAACAUUUCACAGUCAGGCUGUGUUUUUUUUUCCAUUAUGUGAACAUUUAUAUUGCCAUGGAGUAUAAGGAGACUGCUUUGGGAUUUUGUAUGAAAUGCAUGACAUUGUCAAAACACUGGAAUGACCUCUGUACAUUGAAACGUGGUUUGUUUGCCUUUUUUUUUUUGUAUCUAAGCAUAAACUAACUAUUGUAUUUGGCUUUUCAAAUGCAUACAGAAUAUUGUAUGAGAUUGUAGAUUCUUUAUGGUGUAUGGUUGUUGUAUAUUUCAGCAAUUUGUUUUCAACAGUUAUAGCACAUUGCAUAAGUAUGUCUUUGUUAAUAACUACCUGCCAUACGUUGAGAGCCUUGUUACAGCACAGCCUCCAUUUUGUUAAACUAUGCAAUGGUUGAAGUUGUGCCUGUAGAGCAGCAUCAUGUCUUGACAAUGUGAUCUCCUUAUGAAUUAGUCUAAAACAGUAUCAAAGUGAUUAUCUUUUUAAUUGAUUUAAGUGCCUUACAGUCAUUUCUGUUACCUUGGUGAUGUAAGAGGACUGAUGCAAUGUCUUGUUGAUGUUUAUAUUGGUGUUUGGUGCUUCAUGGAUUAACCCGAUGAAUGCUAAGUUACCUUAGAGAGCAGUAGGAAGGGGCCUUUAGUCAGUACAAGAUAACCACAAGACCAAAGUGUUCAAUAUAAAACAAAUAAAUAAGGCAUUGCGAAAUAAUAAUUUAUCACUUAUCGAUUAUAUAAUUAAACCAAUAAAUUCUCAAAUAAUUGAAUAGGUUAUUAAAAUCAUUAUUGUAAAAUGUUAUUUUAUCACUCUUAUUCUUCAUAGCAGCAGUUUUAUUUAUUGCAUCAUUUCAGUAAAGAAAUGUUUGAUUUUUAUUUUGUAUAAUCUUCUGUUUUUAUUUCAUAUAAUAUCACUAUCAUGAUAAGUUUUGAAGAAAAAAAGUGUAAUUGGGGAAAAUACAACUAUGAAAAAUAAGAAUGAUGAAACAACAUGUCAUAGUAAUGAUAUGAGUUGUAAUAAUUAUAUAUAUUUAGCCCUUCACUUUAGUCUGGACUAAAAUAUGUAAAUAACUAAUCUAGUCUCAUCAUUCUCAAGAUGAAGUGUAAUAACUUUGGCAAUUCCUUAAUGUUUCAUAUAUCACCAGAUCAUAAUUUCAGUUUGUUCAGUACUCUAUGUUUAUUUAUUUCAUAAUGUCUUAUUUAUUUCUUUAAUAUGGAACACUUUGGAGCAUUGGUACAGUUUGUUUUAUCUUUAUAAAGGCCACAUUCUACACUGAAGACUUCUCCAGAGUUGUACUGAAUAUUCAGAAUCGUUUUGAGACUAGUAUGAAUGUAGUUCACAGUGAUGACUGCCAAAAUGUGUUGCCAAAAUCAAAUAUGCAGUAAGUCUAUAUAAAGAUAUGAAGUAGAUAUGAAGUUAGUGGUGUUUCACCUUCACAAUAAACAGCAAUACCUACAGCAUGAAGGCAAUCAGGCAAUAAGUAAGGUACAAACUGGUGAAGUUACAUUGUGAAAGUUCAUUCUUGAGCACAAAAAAAAGAAAAUUUAACUCAAGGUCCACUUAGUUUCCUAGAGCUUUCAACUGCAUCUCGUAGUCUUCAUCAUCAUGGGUUUUGCUCGGUUGUCAUCACAUGAUCUAAAUGUGGAACUUCAGUCACAUGGAUGAGCAAACACUAUUCGCUGAUGAACUCCGUGCCUCAAAAGUUCUGAAGAAAGGUACUAAGUGGACACUGAUUUAAAAUCUUUUUGUCAUAGUUGAAAUACAACUUUAGUGGACUGCAAAAUUACCCUCAUGGUCACACCAAACCCAGGUACUGAGCCUUAAUAGUUGCAGCACACACAGGCCUAUAACGUUGCCCUUUGACUGACCCCAGAUCAGCUAUUUUUUUCUGAUGAAACAGAUAAAUAAUCUAAACCCUGAAAUGUGAUUGGUUAAUAUGAACAUCAGCAUUACACGUGGUGGUGGCAGCACUUAAUUUAAAGCCAUUGCUAUGACUGAUUUCUCAUAAUGAAUCUUCCGGCUGUUAAUUAUUAUGGCACAUUAUGGGUAAACCACUAAUGAAGAACCAGGUUAGCUCAAUGUAGACCUGUAAGCUCAUUCUCAUCCCUGUGGUUCAUACAGACAGGUUGUCUGCUGAUGUUGCUACUGUUCUUAUUGUUACAGUUUAUAUGAGAUGAAUGUAGCAAUUAUUACUGUACGCACUGGUUUCAUAUUAGUGAACUCAAACUCAUUGGUACUCAAUGUGGAAACGAUGUU